GUGCCAGCGUGUGAUGGCGUGCAACGACCCGCUCCCUCGUCCCUCAUAUCUCUCUCCUCACCAUGUGAAGCAGGACCCGUGCCAGACGUUCGCCUCCAGAGUCACUUUGGUGAUGGUCUUUCAGGAGGACCUGAUAAAGGAGCGGAUGUAGUAGUAACAAUGGUGAUGUCGUGGGCCCUGUCUUCCUGGGGUCUUGUUCUGUUCAUCUGUGUGCUUGCGUGUGAGUCCCAGCAACCACCGAUCAUACCGGCGGACUGUAACCGAAAGGAGCAUCCAGUUGUGUCCAGCCAAGCCCUGAGGACAUGGAUGAAGGAGUUCUCCCCCCCAGGAGUGAAGGAUUUCUCUCAGCUGGCUCUGGACCUGAGCAGAAAGCAGCUUAUUGUGGGAGCAAGAAACUUCAUCUUCCGCCUAAGUUUGAGCAAUGCCUCCUUAAUUCAGGCAUCAGAAUGGACACCCGAUGAAGACACAAUGCAUUCUUGCCAGAGCAAGGGCAAGUCAAAGGAGGACUGUCAGAACUACAUCAGGGUUUUAUUGAUCAGUGGGAGCACGCUCAUCACAUGCGGAACCAACGCUUUUACACCCAUCUGUGUGACCAGGCAGAUUGGUAACAUAAGUCAGGUGUUGGACACAGUGAACGGUGUGGCGCGAUGUCCCUACGACCCCCGCCACAACUCCACGGCUAUGGUCACGGAGAACGGCGAGUUGUAUGCCGCCACGGUUAUUGACUUCUCCGGACGCGACCCUGUCAUCUACAGGAGCCUGGGGACCAUGCCGCCAUUGCGCUCGGCCCAGUACAACUCCAAAUGGCUCAAUGAGCCCCAGUUUGUGUCUGUUUAUGAGACUGGUCGAUUCGCCUACUUCUUCUUGAGGGAAACAGCUGUUGAAAACGACUGCGGAAAGAUGGUGUUCUCUCGGGUAGCACGGGUGUGUAAAAACGACCUGGGUGGUCGUUUCCUUUUGGAAGACACCUGGACUACCUUUAUGAAGGCACGACUCAACUGCUCCCGCUCGGGAGAAAUCCCAUUUUAUUACAACGAACUGCAGAGCACCUUCUUCUUACCUGAGCACGACCUGAUCUAUGGCAUCUUCACCUCUAAUGUGAACAGCAUGUCAGCCUCUGCGGUUUGCGCCUUCAACCUGACAGCUAUCACUCAGGCCUUCAAUGGACCUUUCCGUUACCAGGAGAACCCCCGCACAGCCUGGCUCUCCACUCCAAAUCCCAUACUCAAUUUUCAGUGCGGCACGCUGGACGAAGCAGGCGCUGGUGGGAAUCUGACCGAACGCAACCUCCAGGAUGCUCAGCGACUCUUCCUGAUGCACGAUGUGGUGCAGCCGUUGACGGUCAAUCCUCUUCUCACCCAGGACAACAUGCGCUUCUCUAAGCUGGUGGUGGACAUCGUGCAGGGUCGCGAUGCUCUCUACCACGUCAUGUACAUCGGUACCGAAUAUGGAACCAUCUUGAAGAUUCUCUCCACCACUAACAAAGAUCUUCAUGGCUGCUAUUUGGAGGAGCUCAGGCUCCUUCCUGAUGGACAAACUGGUUCAAUCAAGAGCCUUCAGAUCCUUCACAGUGACAGGUCUUUAUUUGUGGGGCUUGAUGAUAAACUGUUGAAGAUCCCUUUAGGGCGAUGCUCUAGUCAUCCAACGGAACGACGCUGUUUGGAAGCACGGGACCCUUAUUGUGGCUGGGAUCACAAACUGGAGCGUUGCACAACCAUCGAAGAGAGCUCCAACAUGAACCAGUGGACCCAGAACAUCACCCAGUGCCCAGUGAGGAACCUGACGCAGGAUGGCGCAUUUGGCCCGUGGGCACCGUGGCAACCCUGCAACCACAAUGAGGGUGAGGGUUCUAUCAGCAGCUGCAUUUGCCGGUCCCGUUCAUGUGACGGACCCGUGGCUCGAUGCGGUGGGCUUGACUGUAAGGGGCCAACCAUUCAGGUGGCUAACUGCUCCAGGAAUGGCGGCUGGACUCCCUGGUCGUCCUGGGACCAUUGCAGCAGUACUUGCGGCGUCGGUUUUGAAGUGAGGCAACGGUCCUGCAACAAUCCCUCGCCGCGUCACGGCGGUCGAAUCUGUGUCGGCCCAGGUCGAGAGGAAAGAUUGUGCAAUGAGAAGAAAACAUGCCCGUUGCCAGUGCUUUGGACUGCAUGGGCACCCUGGGCUCACUGCAGCGCUGAGUGUGGAGGAGGGGUCCAUGCCAGGACCAGAACCUGUGAGAAUGGAAACACCUGCCAAGGAUGUUCCAUGGAAUACAAGACCUGUAAUCUGGAAACCUGCCCAGAGGUGCGCCGGAACACCCCCUGGACCCCCUGGAUUCCGGUCAAUGUCAGCCGAGAUGGAUCCCGCCAUGAGCAGAGAUACAGAUACACGUGCAGGGCAUUGCUAACAGACCUCCAGCUCCUUCAGAUGGGCAAAAAGAAGAUAGAGACCAGAUUUUGUCCAAAUGAUGGUUCUGGAGCAUGCCAGACUGACUCUCUAGUUGAUGACUUGGUCAAGUCCAGUGGUCGAACUGUGUCACAGCCCCAAGAUGCACACUGGGAGUCUUGGGAGACGUGGUCCAGCUGCUCCCAGCGAUGUUCCAGAGGCUUUCGAACUCGAAGACGUGGUUGCUCAACAGUAAAAGGCAGGAUCAAUCCAGGUGCCUGUGUGGGAACCCCGGUGGAAUAUCAAGAUUGCAACUUGCAACCAUGCUUAGUGGGAGGCGUCUGGUCUUGUUGGUCUCCCUGGUCCCAAUGCUCUGUGAGCUGCGGCGGAGGCCACUUUCAGCGGACAAGGUCAUGUGACAACCCGCCCCCUGCCAAUGGAGGGGACAUCUGUAUUGGUCUACACACUGAAGAGGCACUCUGUAACACACACACCUGUGAAGGCUGGGGUGUGUGGUCAGAAUGGGGAAGCUGCAAUGAGGAGGGUCUGCAGCUUCGCUCUCGGCACUGCGGGGAGAAGCAGGAGGCUAAUUUGUGCUGGGGUAACGCCACCCAGGCCAGACCGUGCCAGGUGCACGAGGUGGAAGUCAUUUUACCUGGACAGGAGGACGGCAGCUGUGAAACGUUCACCUUAUUCCAGUUGGUCGCCGUGGGCAUAGCCAGUUUUUUCGCCGCUGCUCUCUUGUCGGCACUGGCCUUUGCUUACUGUCACCAUCUGAGUCGGCCCUCGGCGGACUCAUCAGUCCUCCACCCUACCAGCACGCACAACCACCUUAACUACAACAAGCGGGGCAAUGCCAUGCCAAAGAAUGAGAAGUACAUUCCCAUGGAAGUUGUGAGGCUACAUAAGAACAAUCUUCGCAUGAAUGACGACGCAAGCAACCACUUCCAGUCCUCCGUCGCUUCCAGCAACGUGUUCGCUACCACCUACUUCCCUCCCAACCUGAGCAAGUAUGACUUCCCCUCGGAAGCACCGUGCAGGGCCUACAUGCACAGCUAACAUCACAUCUGCUGCAUAAAAAAAAAAAAAAGUGAGACGGGAGUGCGAGUCAUGGACACCAAAUCACCUUAAAUUGUUUUACACUACAGCAUUUACCUACAUCUUAACAAACAGGCUUUGCAUAUGUUUCAUAUUUUAUUUCCCAAAAAAAAAGUGACAAAUGUGUGCUACACUUUAUCAUAUGGGACAAUGUUGUUUUGACUGUGUUUGACACUUGCAGUAAAGAUGACUAAGGACACAAAUCAAUGAAUGAAUGCAAAAUUUUGUAUCAUCAAAGACAUUAACCAGACUCUCCAGGAUCUUGUGAGGUUGCAAUCGGGGUCAAUUUAUGCAAAUUAUGCCCAGUAGAGAUGCGCGGGUCGGGCGGUUGACAUGAAGAAUAAAUAGAUUUUAAUUAGAUUCGGGCGCGUGGCGGUUGAAUCAUCCGGAAAUAUUUGAUAUACAUGGUCAAAGACAUGCACCUGGGGAUAGGUUGAUUGGCAACACUAAAUGGUCCCUAGUGUGUGAAUGUGAGUGUGAAUGUUGUCUGUCUAUCUGUGUUGGCCCUGCGAUGAGGUGGCGACUUGUCCAGGGUGUACCCCGCCUUCUGCCCGAUUGUAGCUGAGAUAGGCGCCAGCGCCCCCCGCGACCCCGAAAGGGAAUAAGCGGUAGAAAAUGGAUGGAUGGAUGGGUUCUGGGAUCUGUAUCUUUUGCCAUUUUAAGAGCCAUUUAAGACCCGUGUCAUAAAGCGAAGAAGACAAUAGGAGACGCUAUUAUUCUCUUGAAUGGCUGCCGGAAGUCACCCAGGUGAUAAGUAUUAGGGCGUGCUAUGAAGCCAUUGCAUUGUCUUUGUCGCCUUCUACAGCAUGUACGAUCUGCUUGUCAGUCCAGCAUCAUGUUGUGUGUGGCUUCCGCGGCAAUACACACACGACUGCAAGGCAUACUGGGUGACACAGAGUACACUAAUGGUUGUGAUAUAAUAAAUUUUAACACUCUUAGUAAUAUGCGCCAUGCUGUGAAGGCGCACCAAUUAAGAACGACAAACAAAUUUCGGGGGAACAUCCUCACAGUAACACAACAUAAACGCAACACAACAAAUACCCAGAAUCCUUUCUAUUCAUGACAGGUCCUGACUAUUUUAUACACCCCGCUAGCAGCAAACCCCCCCCGCGCGUCGGUAAGGUGGGCGGGGUUGGGGGUGUAAAAUAUAUUCAGGAAGUGUCACGAAUACAAAAGAUUCUGGGUAUUUGGUGUACUCUGUAUCACCCAGUAUGCCUUUCAAUCGUGUAUCUAUAAAUGCGAUAGCUGCACACAACAUGUUGCCGGAUCAACAAUCGGUUCGUACAUGUUGUCGAAGGUGUCUAAGGCAAUAGUUUCACAGCAUGCCCAUAUUGUUGUCAUCAGGAUGAGCGCUUUUGGAUGAUCGCGAGAACGUUAGCGGCUCCAAUUGUCUUUGGUUCUCUGUGAAACAGGUUUAAAUAGCUCUGUGAGUGGUAAAGGCGGCCAACCUCUGAUGUAUUUCAGCGGGCGGUUGGCGGGCGGGUAUGGUCCUGAUAAAAUGUUAGUUCGGGUGGACGGCGGGUGGAUGGCGACUUUGGUGAUGCGGUUGCGGAUGUUAUAAUUGCCUAUCCGCGCAUCUCUAAUGCCCAGCCAUUUUACUUUUAUCAAAACUUCCAAGCACAAUUUAGCCAGUCAUUUUUAUUUUUGCCACUGCAGUAACCGGUUAUGUCUGACCUCCAAAAUAAAAUGCCACCAAAUUGAACAUGUAACAGGCCCUGGACGUGACAUUUACUGUUUAGUUUAGUUUAGUCUUUAUUUGAAGGGACAAUGCACAGAAACAUUAAGCUCAAAGACAGAUAUGUUCUGUAUCAGAUUAUAGCUAAAUAGCUAAUGUCCAUCUGCAGUACAUGGAUACCUAAAAUAAAAGGAUUAAACAUCAUGCAAUACAAUUAUGACAAUAAAAUCAUACCAUAGCAAGUAAUCAAAUUAUGAAAAGUCAUAAAAUGCCCUUUCAUGGACACAUACUUAAUAUACAAUACAACCACACCUCAUUAACAUCAUUACACAAAGACAAUACAUGCUCUUGUUCACAUCUGUCAUCAUUUGUAAAAACCACCAUGAUUUUAACAGACACACCUCACAAUCUAUAACAAAAAUGCUGUCAUGAAUAAAUAUAAUAUACAUUAAAGGCCUACUGAAACCCACUACUACCGACCACGCAGUCUGAUAGUUUAUAUAUCAAUGAUGAAAUAUUAACAUUGCAACACAUGCCAAUACGGCCUUUUUAGUUUACUAAAUUACAAUUUUAAAUUUCCCGCGAAGUAUCGUGUUGAAAACGUUGCGGAAUGAUGACACGUGCGCGUGACGUCACGGAUUGUAGCGGUCAUUUUCUUCCAGCACCGAUCACAGCUAUAAAUCAUCUGCUUUAAUCGCAUAAUUACACAGCAUUCUGAACAUCUGUGUUGCUGAAUCUUUAGCAAUUUGUUCAAUUAAUAAUGGAGAAGUCAAAGUAGAAAGAUGGAGGUGGGAAGCUUUUAGCCUUUAGCCACACAAACACACGGUGUUUCCUUUUUUAAAAUUCCCGGAGGUGAAGCUUUACAAUGGAUCAGAGCUGUCAAGCGAACAUGGUUCCCGACCACUUGUCAACCGGCAGGUUUCGGUGAAAAAAUUGUGGUAAAAAGUCGCCUCUUACCGGAGAUCUGCGGAGCUUGCGCCGUCCAUGCAGCUGCCGUGACUUCCCUCAGACACUGGCGUCAACACACCCCUCCGACUAUCAGGUACUAUUUAACUCACUAAAACACUAGCAACAAAAUUGAAAGAUAAGGGAUUUCCCAGAAUUAUCCUAGUAAAUGUGUCUAAAAACAUCUGAAUCGCUCCCAAUGCAAUCGUCUUUUUUUUUUUUUUUUUUUACUUUUUUUUUUU